AGUGAGCACGUGAAUGCAGCAUAUCGACUCGGCCAACAUGGCGGCUAUCGAAAGUGGCAAAUGUGGCUUUUUCGUGGAGAAAAAGAAACGCUUUUGUAAAAUGGUCGUUGCCAAAGGUAAAACGUUCUGUGGAGAACAUGCGACCUUGGAAGAAGGUGGCAGCAGCAGGAGGAUUGUUUGCCCUCUGGACCCCAAACACACGGUCAGUGAAGACAAACUGGACAAACACUUGAAGAAAUGUAACUCCAGAGUCAAGCCAAAACCCCAAUAUUAUGUGGAGAACAUCAACGCUGGCUCAGCUAACCAAGACCACGACGGCGCUCAAGGGGUGAGUCUGUGUGAUCAAACCACGACUCAGUUACGACACCUGCUGGACAAAUUGAAGACUGCUACAAAAGCUCUGGACUGUCAGCUGGAGGAGAGCUUCCUGUCUCAUCCCGUCUUUCAAGAGGAACUUAAUAACCCCAAAAAUGGAGACUCCGCCCACAAGCACCUGAAGCAGCAGGCUUCCAUCGUUGCACACCUGGAGACGCUGGGCUUGCUGGGACGCGGGCGGUGCUUCGUGGAGUUCGGAGCAGGUCGUGGGAAACUCUCCCACUGGAUCCACGAAGCCCUGAAGACCACAGAGCAGCCGGCAGACUUGGACGACCUGCAGAUGCUUCUGGUGGAAAGAAGCAGCACCCGCUUUAAGGUGGACGGGAAGCAUCAGGACGGCGGCGUAGAGUUUGCCAGGCUGCAGAUCGACAUCCAGCACCUGGAUCUGAGUAAAGUUCCGCUGCUGGAACGCCGGUUGCCGCUCGUCGGAGUGGGGAAACAUUUAUGUGGCGCGGCGACAGAUCUCGCUCUUCGCUGCUUGCUGGAAACAUCGGCGCCUCAACGCGGACCGCCAAGGAAGCGCCUCAAAACGUCAGACGAGAGCCCCGGUCCUGCCGCGGUGCUGGGCCUGGCGGUGGCGCUGUGCUGUCACCACCGCUGCGAGUGGCGCCACUACGUGGGUCAGCAGUUCUUUUCGGACCUGGGCCUGGGUCCCGCCGAGUUUUCCGGGUUCUGCCGCAUGUCCAGCUGGGCCACCUGCGGCCUUCGAACCGCCGAUCGGAGCACGGACGAAGAACACGAGCCGAUAGAAGAGACGGACGAGGCGCUCGGGUUUCUGUCGCCGGCCGAGCGCGAGCAGGUGGGACGCCGCUGCAAACUUCUGAUCGACAGCGGGAGAAUCCACUUCCUGCGCAGCCGAGGAUUCCACGGUCGACUCACUUGUUACGUCGGCAGUCACCUGACGCUGGAGAAUGUCCUGCUGACGGCCACGCCCUCCCACGUUUGACUCAUUUUGACGCCACUCAGCAGGCGACUCUGUGCACGUUGAGUGCGGCGUGCGCUCUUUUCCGGGCCUCACGUAUGUACGACAGCAUGAAGUCUCGCCCAAACAUCUCACGGUCGUCGUCGUCCUCCUGCUCCUCCUCCUCAGGCGCCGUUGUCACGGAUAUAUUGACUUCCAGCGUCAGCGGGUUGUCCCGGAAGUUGACAAACCUGCAAGAAGAUCCACUUAAGGGGCAUCCUUGUUGUUGUCCACACGCGGACAGGAAGUACAAACCCCGUUUCCAUAUGAGUUGGGAAAUUGUGUUAGAUGUAAAUAUAAACGGAAUACAAUGAUUGGAAAAUCCUUUUCAACCCAUAUUCAGUUGAAUAUGCUACAAAGACAACAUAUUUGAUGUUCAAACUGAUAAACAUUUUUUUUUUUAUUUUGCAAAUAAUCAUUAACUUUAGAAUUUGAUGCCAGCAAAACGUGACAAAGAAGUUGGGAAAGGUGGCAAUAAAUAUUGAUAAAGUUGAGAAAUGCUCAUCAAACACUUAUUUGGAACAUCCCACAGGUGUGCAGGCUAAUUGGGAACAGGUGGGUGCCAUGAUUGGGUAUAAAAACAGCUUCCCAAAAAAUGCUCAGGCUUUCACAAGAAAGGAUGGGGCGAGGUACACCCCUUUGUCCACAACUGUGUAAGCAAAUCGUCAGACAGUUUAAGAACAAUGUUUUUCAAAGUGCAAUUGCAAGAAAUUUAGGGAUUUCAACAUCUACGCUCCAUAAUAUCAUCAAAAGGUUCAGAGAAUCUUGAGAAAUCACUCCACGUAAGCGGCAUGGCCGGAAACCAACAUUGGAUGGGCGUGACCUUCGAUCCCUCAGAGGGCACUGUAUCAAAAACCGACAUCAAUCUCUAAAGGACAUCAAAUGGGCUCAGGAACACUUUAGAAAACCACUGUGACUAAAUACAGUUUGUCGCUACAUCUGUAACUGCAAGUUAAAGUUCUACUAUGCAAAGCGAAAGCCAUUUAUCAACAACAUCCAGAAAUGCCGCCGGCUUCUCUGGGCCCCGAGAUCAUCUAAGAUGGACUGAUGUAAAGUGGAAAAGUGUUCUGCGGUCUGACGAGUCCACAUUUUGAAUUGUUUUUGGAAAUAUUCGACAUUGUGUCAUCCGGACCAAAGGGGAAGCGAACCAUCCAGACUGUUAUCGACGUAAAGUUCAAAAGCCAGCAUCUGUGAUGGUAUGGGGGUGCAUUAGUGCCCAAGGCAUGGGUAACUUACACAUCUGUGAAGGCACCAUUAAUGCUGAAAGGUACAUACAGGUUUUGGAACAACAUAUGUUGCCAUCUAAGCGCCGUCUUUUUCAUGGACGCCCCUGCUUAUUUCAGCAAGACAAUGCCAAGCCACAUUCAGCACGUGUUACAACAGCGUGGCUUCGUAAAAAAAGAGUGCGGGUACUUUCCUGGCCCGCCUGCAGUCCAGACCUGUCUCCCAUCGAAAAUGUGUGGCGCAUUAUGAAGCGUAAAAUACGACAGCGGUUGAACGACUAAAGGUCUACAUAAAACAAGAAUGGGAAAGAAUUCCACUUUCAAAGCUUCAACAAUUAGUUUCCUCAGUUCCCAAUUGUUUGAGUGUUGUUAAAAGAAAAGGUGAUGUAACACAGUGGUGAACAUGCCCUUUCCCAACUAAUUUGGCACGUGUGUCAGCCAUGAAAUUCUAAGUAAAUUAUUAUUUGCAAAAAAAAAAAAAAAAAAAUGAGUUUGAACAUCAAAUAUGUUGUCUUUGUAGCAUAUUCAACUGAAUAUGGGUUGAAAAGGAUUUGCAAAUCAUUGUAUUUUGUUUAUAUUUACAUCUAACACAAUUUCCCAACUCAUAUGGAAACGGGGUUUGUACUUACCUGAGGUUGGACAUGUCCUCCAUCAUGGCAGGGAUGUCGCUCAGUCUGUUGCUGCUCAGAACCAGCGUGUCCAAACUGGGCAUCCUGCUGAUGUUCUCCGGAAGUUUCUCCAGCUGGUUUCGCUGCAGCCACAAGGCGUGCAGGUUCUCCAUCCUGACCACAAGCCAGCGCUGCGUUUUGACUGGCGGCCGGGGGGAAGAGGAGGCGGGGCCUUUUACCUACCUGUUGAUGUCUUCGGGUAAGGAGGUCAGGCAGUUUCCCGCCAUGUCAAGCCACUCCAGUGCCGGCAUGCUGAGCAAGCAUGGCGGCACCAGGCUGAAGAGGUUCAUGGACAAGUCCAGAUGCUGCAGACACCUCAGCUUGCUCAACUGGAAACAAGACAAGAAACAGAAACAAAUUCCGGUUCUGGUCAAGCAUCCUUAAGGGAUUGGAUUAUACAAACCCUGUUUCCAUAUGAGUUGGGAAAUUGUGUUAGAUGUAAAUAUAAACGGAAUACAAUGAUUUGCGAAUCCUUUUCAACCCAUAUUCAGUUGAAUAUGCUACAAAGACAACAUAUUUAAUGUUCAAAUUGAUAAACUUAAUUUUUUUUUUGCAACUAAUAAUUAACUUUGAAUUUCAUGGCUGCAACACGUGCCAAAGUAGUUGGGAAAGGGCAUGUUCACCACUGUGUUACAUCACCUUUUCUUUUAACAACACGCAAUAAACGUUUGGGAACUGAGGAAACUAAUUGUUGAAGCUUUGAAAGUGGAAUUCUUUCCCAUUCUUGUUUUAUGUAGAGCUUCAGUCCUUAAACAGUCCGGGGUCUCCGCUGUCGUAUUUUACGCUUCAAAAUGCGCCACACAUUUUCGACGAGAGACAGGUCUGGACUGCAGGCGGGCCAGGAAAGUACCCCCACUCUUUUUUUACAAAGCCACGCUGUUGUAACACAGGCUGAAUGUGGCUUGGCAUUGUCUUGCUGAAAUAAGCAGGGGCGUCCAUGAAAAAGACGGCGCUUAGAUGGCAGCAUAUGUUUUUCCAAAACCUUUAUGUACCUUUCAGCAUUAACGGUGCCUUCACAGAUGUGUAAGUUACCCAUGCCUUGGGCACUAAUGCACCCCCAUACCAUCACAGAUGCUGGCUUUUGAACUUUGCGUCGAUAACAAUCUGGAUGGUUCGUUUCCCCUUUGGUCCGGAUGACACGAUGUCAAAUAUUUCCAAAAACAAUUUGAAAUGUGGACUCGUCAGACCACAGAACACUUUUCCACUUUACAUCAGUCCAUCUUAGAUUAUCUCGGGCCCAAAGAAGCCGGCGACGUUUCUGGAUGUUGUUGAUAAAUGGCUUUCUCUUUGCAUAGUAGAACUUUAACUUGCAUUUACAGAUGUAGCGACAAACUGUAUUUAGUCACAGUGGUUUUUUGAAGUGUUCCUGAGCCCAUGUGGUGAUAUCCUUUAGAGAUUGAUGUCUGUUUUGGAUACAGUGCCGUCUAAGGGAUCGAAGGUCACGGUCAUUCAUUGUUGGUUUCCGGCCAUGUCGCUUACGUGGAGUGAUUUCUCCAGAUUCUCUGAAUCUUUUGAGGAUAUCAUGUACCCUAGAUGUUAAAAUCCCUAAAUUUCUUGCAAUUGCACUUUGAGAAACGUUGUUCUUAAACUGUUUGACUAUUUGCUCACGCAGUUGUGGACAAAGUGGUGUACCUCGCCCCAUCCUUUCUUGUGAAAAACUGAGCAUUUUUUGGGAAGCUGUUUUUAUACCCAAUCAUGGCACCCACCUGUUCCCAAUUAGCCUUCACACCUGUGGGAUGUUCCAAAUAAGUGUUUGAUGAGCAUUCCUCAACUUUAUUAGUAUUUAUUGCCACCUUUCCCAACUUCUUUGUCACGUGUUGCUGGCAUCAAAUUUUAAAGUUAAUGAUUUAUCAGUUUGAACAUCAAAUAUGUUGUCUUUGUAGCAUAUUCAACUGAAUAUGGGUUGAAAAUAAUUUGCAAAUCAUUGUAUUCCGUUUAUAUUUACAUCCAACACAAUUUCCCAACUCAUAUGGAAACGGGGUUUGCACCUGGUCCGGAAGCUGGUGGAGGUCUCGGUUCAUCGCCAGUUCCAGCCUCUCCAGACUCUCACAGUUGCCGAGCUCCUCCGGAACAAACUGGACUCGGUUGUAGCUGAGCAGCAGUUCUUUGAGCCGGGUCAGUCUGCCUGAUGGCAUCACAACACAAUCCAGUUUCUCUUAUUAUUCCCUCCUUUAUACAGCAGGGGUGCCCAAAGUGCGGCACGCGGGCCAAAUUUAGCCUGUCACAUCUUUUUGUUUGGCCCGCAAAUGUAAUACAUAUUAUAUUGACCUCUUUCAAGCUGUACAAUAAGUCGCCAGAAAUCUAGUGUAAAUAAUCAGCGGUGCUAUUUUUCCAUUUACUGUAAUGCACUGUACAAACAGGAAACUUAGAUUUUUACAGUAAAUAAAAGUAGCAGCUCAGUCGCCAGAAUCUUCUGCUAAAAAUAAGUGGUACGGUUUUUCUAUUUAUAGUAAAAAAAAGCCCAUUUAUUUUUUCUGUUGAAAAAAAUGGUAGCUUAGUCGCCAGAAUUCUGCAGUGGAAAUGUCCAUAGAUUUUACUGUAAAAACCUGGCUGCUCAGUCGCCAGAAAUUGACCGUAAAUCAUCAGAGAUAGUAUUUUUCCAUGUGCAGUAAUGCACUGUACAAACAGGAAACAGAUUUUUACUGUAAAAUAAAGUAGCAGCUCAAUCGGCAUAAUUUUGUGGUAAAAAUAACAGUGGUACGUUUUUCCCAUUUACAGUAAUGCGCUGUAUAAACUUAAACAUUGUAAUUUAGUAAAAUAAACCGGCCGUAUCGGCAUGUGAAGUAAAUUAUAUUUAUAUAGAGUUUUUCUCAAAGUGCUUUACAUAGUGAAACCCAAUAUCUAAUUUUUACUUUUAAACCAGUGUGGGUGGCACUGGGAGCAGGUGGGUAAAUUGUCUUGCCCAAGGACACAACGGCAGUGACUAGGAUGGCAGAAGCGGGGAUUGAACCUGCAACCCUCAAGUUGCUGGCACGGCCGCUCUACCAACCGAGCUAUACCGCCCCGUGUUGCAAUGUUAAUAUUUCAUCAUUGAUAUAUAAACUAUCAGACUGCGUGGUCGGUAGUAGUGGCUUUCAGUAGGCCUUUAACCUUUUAAGGCCCAAGCUGUUUGUGUACAUCCUUUUUUUUAUUUCUCUUUGCUAGUUGGGCUUAUUGGACCCUAAUAAGAAUAAAAACUAAGAAUCA